AUUCACGUAAACAUCGAUUAAACCCAUCGGUACGGUGCAUCCUCCCCCGCUUUCCUCCUCCACCUCCUUCUUCAUCUUCUUCAUCAAGCUCUCAUCUUUCCCGAAUUUCUCCCUCUGUUAGAGCAAGGCAGGGAAUACCCAUCUGUAGAAAGCCCUGAAUCUCUUGAGAACCAAAAAGGGUCGUCUUUAUGCUCGUGACAUCUCCCCGUUUUCACCGUUCUUUGGGUUUCUUAAUCUCAAUCUCUGUGUAGUAAGUAUACCCUUUUGUUUACCUUUCCUUCAAGUUCCAGAAAGUCUCUUCCUUUACGAUUCUCUCCUUUUCUAAUCCUCCGAUUCUGUAUUGGGAGCUCGUAUCUCUCAGCCAGUGUCUUGGGUUCGAAGCAUUUCAAACGUGCACUCCAAGUGUUCGUUUUCCCUCGCUUUCUCCGUCAAGAAGAUUUUGUUUCUAUUAUUAGCCCCCAUAACAGUUACAUUCAACUGAGCCCGCGUUCUAUUAAAUGCCUAGCUUGUCGUAUUGACUGUUAUGGGAUCAUUAUUUUUUCUUUUAGCAAAAUGAGAUCAUUACUUGAAACACCCAUUUCUCUGAUUGCAAAGGGCCGUUUUUAUGUUGAAAACUGUCGAGCAUUCAGCUUAAAUGCUGUUCAUAAGCCCUAAGAAGCGACUUUGGUUACACUUUCGAACAUCCUUGCGACUACCCUGAGCUUUUCUUUUAGCCAGGAAUCUUGGGAUACUCUCACAGCCACCUUUUUGAAGAGCAUGAGGAAAAAUGCUAAUUCUAACCUGGUAAGGAUUUUCAGUGAUCGGAAAUGGAUCGUGCCGUUUUUCGCAAGUUUACUCAUGUCGGUCACGCUAUUGUUUUCUGCUGUUUUCGGGCUGUUUGGAUCUCCUUAUGGUGGAGAUCAAUCCGCAUUUGAGGAGAAGUUGGACGAUCGAAAUGGGCUCUUUGUAGAAUCAGAAAUAGAUAAAUCGGCCAAUACCAAUGGCCAUUUAGGUGGGGAUGCACCCAGAUUUGCGUAUCUUAUUUCGGGUACAAAAGGCGACAGUCAGAGGAUGAUGAGAACCCUACAAGCUGUUUAUCAUCCUAGAAACCAGUAUAUUCUGCAUCUGGACCUUGAGGCGCCUCCUCGCGAACGGAUGGAUUUGACCCUGUAUGUAAAGAAUGAUCCGACAUUCCGUGAAGUAGAGAAUGUUAGAGUAAUGGCUCAGUCGAAUUUGGUUACUUAUAAGGGACCUACAAUGAUUGCAAGUACACUUCAGGCCAUUGCAAUUAUGUUGAGGGAGAAUUUGCGAUGGGACUGGUUUAUAAAUCUCAGCGCUGCGGAUUAUCCUCUUAUGACGCAGGAUGAUCUGCUGUUUGUGUUUAGCAAUUUGUCCAGAAGCCUGAAUUUUAUUGAACAUGCUCAGAUUGCUGGGUGGAAAUUGGACCAAAGGGCGAAACCAAUCAUCAUCGAUCCAGGGCUGUACUUGUCAAAAAAGUCUGACAUAUCUUUGACCACUCAACGUCGAUCACUGCCAACAUCCUUUAAGUUGUUUACUGGAUCGGCGUGGGUGAUGCUAACCCGUGAUUUUCUCGAGUACUGCAUUUGGGGAUGGGAUAACCUUCCUAGAACCAUUCUCAUGUACUACACAAACUUUAUAUCUUCUCCAGAAGCUUAUUUUCACACCGUCGUUUGUAAUGCCAAAGAGUACCGCAAGACUGCCAUAAGCCAUGACCUUCACUACAUUGCUUGGGCCGAUCCUCCGGGGCAGCAUCCUCUUGACCUCUCCCUCAGGCAUUUCGCUAAAAUGGUUAAAAGCAAGGCCCCAUUUGCGAGAAAGUUCCGCAAAGGUGAUCCGGUCUUGGGUUUUAUUGACAGCGAGCUUUUAGGUAGGACAAGCCGGUUCACACCGGGAGGGUGGUGCAUUGGGAACUCAGAUGGUGAGGCCGACCCUUGCUCCUUGCGGGGUGACGAUUCGGUAUUUAAGCCGGGACCUGGAGCUGUGAGAUUGCUGGAGUUGCUUCGGGAGCUUUUGUCUGAAGGAUUCCGGAGCAAGCAGUGCUCUUAAAUGGUGAGUAGGAUCUUAAGCAACCUCAAGUCUAAAUUUUUGCAUUUGUAGAUCUCACAGUUGAUGUAAUCAUUACAAUUUAAUUCGUCAGAAUGAAACUGACUGUAGCUUUUUGAUUGUGGUA